AUGAAACAAUCAUUUUUUAUAAAAAGUAAAAACAACUCAGAAGAAGAGUGUUAUACUGUCACGCGGGGUGACAUAAAGUUUUUAUAUAAAGGAACUGAACAUGAUAUUUUUUCUGGAUAUAUCAAGUCUCUUGAGAAGGGUGGGCUUCUUGAAGAUGGGAGGAAUGUUGUUGGUAGUGUUAUUAUUAUAAUAAUAACGAUAGCUGUCAAUCUGAAACAAAAGGAGUUUCAGAUAUUUAAAUAA